AUGGAAUACAUGCUACAAAAUGGAGUCGAGGUGGAGGCGAGAAAUCGUGAAGGAGUCGCAGCCGUGCAUCUGGACGUACGACAAGGGUAUAUGGAAAUAUUUGAUUUGUUUACUGAACAUAAUGUGAAUAUGGACAUUGAAGAUGAAAAAGGAAGAACACCAUUAUUCUACGCAGCGGAGUAUGGACAAUCGGAAAAAGUAAAUGCAUUAUUAAAACAAGAGGCUAGAGUAAAUCUUAGGGAUUGCCAUGGAAUGACACCACUGUUCAUGAUAUUUGAGAAAAUUCUAGCUCGUCGAUAUGAAGGAGACAAUUUGUACAGUCCAGAUCAUAUAAGAAAGAUGGAAAUAACGGAAAUGCUAAUAAAAUUUGGAGCCAAUGUCAAUCAGCAGACGACUAAUGAAGGGGCAACACUAUUGCACCUAGCAGGAGCAAGAGUGUAUGAUGAGAUUGUAACAAUGCUGCUAGAAAAUGGAGCAAAUGUUAAUCUAAAAGAUAAAAAGGGAAGAUACGUGGUACAAUAUUGCAGAUAUGGGCGGCAAGAUGAUGAUUUGCCUGCAGGAUACGAAAAAGAGCCGGAUGAAAUAUCGUCUGUCACUGAGGGACACGUUAGUUGGACGCAUUCGAUAAUAAGACAGUUCCUCAUAAGGAAAAGAGUUAUGGGAGAUAUGAUAAACCAGGAUUUGGAGCUGGAAUUGUUGUACUUGAAACAAAAUGAAGCGGAGUAUGAAGUAAAAUGUAAGAAGGAAAUGGAGGAAAUGAAGGAAAUUGUGUUAAUGCGUCAAAGGAAAAGAGAAGUGACACCUAUCGACGUGUGGAAAGCAUCAACAGAAAGUAUGAGGCGAUUUAUAAGACAUAGAGAUUUUGUCCGAAAGCUUCAACGAGGAAAGAUCGGUCACUAUGGAAAUGACAUGUGGGAAAAAGUCGUGGCGGCAAGGUACAGGGAGAAGCUUAUCAAACGUGCUAUUCGAGUACUAAAUAAUGUGACGAGAAACAGUAAGAUGCCGUUCGAAAAUUUGCCAAAGUACGUGCUGGAUGAAAUCGUUAGUAAUAUUAAUAAUGAAGAGCUCAUCAGGAUGACACGCAUGGAUCAAUAA